UUAUUGAUAUUAUUCUUAAAAAAUUUAUUUAUUUUUUCUGUUUUACCAUUAUGUAGUGUGCUAUUAUGUCUGAAUGGUGUCGUGUAAAGUGGCUUGAAGAAAACAAGGUUUACUCUGACACUGUUCCUUUAAGUUGGAUUAAUGGUAAAGUUUUGAGAUGGCCAAAAAAAGGGGCUGAAAAAAAGUUAAGGGACCAGGUUGAACCUGAAGAUGAUUGGUUUAAAUUUCAAGUUCUCAAAAUUAAAUUAACUGAUAAAGAUUUUAUGACUUGCCAUUCAUAUAAUAUUACAACUGAUACUGACUCUUGUGAUUUUGAUUUUAAAAAAGAUAUGUCUCAAGUUGCAAAAAAAGUUUGCAGUGCACUUCCUCCAAAGCCUGAAAUCAAAUCAGGUUUUAGAAAUAAAAAAGCAUUUACCCCAAAAUUAGAAAAAGAGCACCUAAAUCUUUCACAAGAAGCUAGUCAGAAUAAAGUAAAUAUUGAUUUGAAUCAACCUACCCAGUCAGUAUUUAGUUUUCAAAGUUCAUCAAAAUCCCAUAAUUCAAGGAAAUCACGCUCUCGAUCUUCCAGUAGUUCUUGUUCACUAUCUCCUCAGAGUAAAAGUAAAAGAAGACCAGAUUAUUGUUCUCUUUUACAAUCAGAGAAAAUUGAAACACAGAGUGGACUCUCUUGUGGAUUACCAAAAAGUAAAGAACAUUCUACUCUGGCUAAUAACAGAAAUAACUUUCCAAUUAGUGAUCAAAGACUGUAG